UUCUUAUAACUUUUGUUUUCAGAAAAUGCACUAGGUGUUCUGUGUUCAUUGAUCAAAAUGUCAAGUACCUCGUUUAUGCACAGACUGCACAUUUCCCGGCACAUUAUCUUACAAAACUUGUCGCCGAUCUGUUCAGUUUAUCCUUCUCAAUCUCACACCGUCUUUCUGAUUAAUCAAGCAUCAGAUGCAACAUGCGGCAGAGGAAUGAGUUCGCAGGUGACAACUGCUCAGAGUUCUACUGGACCCUGCUUCACUAAAACACAGGCUGUUCAAAUGAUUGAGAAACUAACAGUUGAAGAAAGGACUCUUUUUCUGAAGGAAUUGAAAAAAGUAAUCUCUCCAGCUGAACAAGGCCGGCCUUCUAACAGAGAUUUAUUACAGCUGGCCUAUCACAAUUCUCUUCCUUUUGUUGGUUUUGGAUUUCUUGAUAAUUUUAUCAUGAUAAUGGCGGGGGAGUACAUUGACCUAACUUUAGGGGUUACUUUUGGAAUCAGCACCAUGGCAGCAGCAGCACUAGGGAAUACUAUUUCUGACAUGAUGGGAAUAGGAUCUGCUUGGUAUGUUGAGACAAUAGCCUCCAAGCUCGGAGCUCAACCUCCAGACCUCUCUCCGGACCAGCUGGAGCAGUCAACCUCCAGGAUAGCAGCAAACUUGGGGAGAUGUUUGGGAGUAAUGUUUGGGUGUUUAUUAGGAAUGGUUCCACUUCUGUUUAUUACAACAAGUGAUGAGGAAAAAGAGAAGAAAGAACAAAGAAAGCAAGGGAAAAAUAAAGAAGAAUAAAAUAAAUUUUGAGAACAAAUAUCUUUUUGACAAUUGUUUUUGAAAGUUGCUCAUAUUCGCUUUCUUCCAUACCCUCAACCCCCCUCCUCAAUGUUUUCAAUCUUUGUGCCCCCCCCCUUCCUAUCCAAACUGUUGUGCCCCCCCUCUCACAUCUUUGACUGUUAUUUAGUACAAUUGAUAAUAAGAUAUAAGAUAACAGUGUGUUUCAACAUAACAUAUGAUGUAUCUGUGUAUGGUGUAUGGUGUAUGCUGUUUAAAGCAUGCUGUUUGCUGCCUAAUGUAAGAUGUAAACUGUAUGCGGUAUGCAGCAUGCAGCAUGCAGCAUGAAGUAUGCUACUUUAUAUAUAUACACUGUUCAAUAUACAGGGUGAGUCAAAAAACAAGGGUGAAUAGCGAGAGCAUAUAACUACUCAUCUAAUCUGUUCAAGAUUUCGAGAUGUUAGAACUAAUAUAUUCCCGCACUGUUUUUUUACUCGUCAAAUUUUGAGUAAAAAAUAUUUUCUUGGAUCUAUUAGAUUGCUUAAAAAAUCAAAAGUUUCAUAAAUAUUUUGUCAAAAAUGAGAUUACCAAAAAAAUGCUUUAUUUUAUACAAGAUUUCGCUAUUCACACUUUUUUGCUCUCCCCGUACACUGUACAUAUAUUGUUAAAUAUCUACGUUUUCAUUCCAAAUCUUCUUUUCCUCCUUGGAGACUUUUUUACUUUGUUUCGACAUUUUUCCCCUUACUCUAAACCUACUUAUGUCACCUCAGACCUUAGUUCUUCUCUUUUUUCUUUUCCCCAUUAAUUAGCUUUAAUCCUGAACUGUUCACAUAUUUCAACACGAUUUUUAAUAUAACUUUAUGUAUCGUAUUAUAGGACUGUACCUUUUGUGAGUGCCUAAUUCUGCAAGGGGAUUUUGGAAGAAAAAAAUGUCUUAGAAAUAAUAAAAUAUAUUUUUUUUUAAAAGAUCAAACAAAUUCGCAAAUAUUUUUCAACCGAAAAUAAUCUAUAUAUUUCAAAACAAAAUGUAUUACUUUUUUUCUCAACUGAAGUCUUUCAGCCAAUAAUAAACUACCCCUUGCAGGGCACAAUACAUGUAACCUUGGCCUUCUGAAAUGUGUAUCCCAGACCUCAUAAGUGUGACAAUUUUCAAAUGUUAUUUUUAAAGAAACUGUUUACGUGAUUUUAAGCAGUCUCUUGUUUAAAAAAAUGUUGAAUGGGUUGCCAUCAUGUAUGAUUUAUGUCACUUUGUAAUUUAAUAGUGUUUUUUAAAAAG